AUGCGCGCGGAUCGCAGGCGCGUCGCUCGUCCAAACGUAACCGUUCCAAAGUCUCUUUCGAAUUUUUGAAAAAGGAACACUACAGCUUCUUUUUGUCUAUUCAUUUCUUAAUAUGUCUGGCCAUUGAAUUUUGACGUUUCGUUGUUUUUUUUUCGUCUACGGAUUUUGCGUGUAAGCCAUAAACUUUUGAGAAAGUUUUUGAAAAGUUUUUUUUUCUGAUCUUUAUUUGGAUUUAAUUAGAAAUUGUGUUGGAAAUGGUAUUGUUUUGUGUCUAAUUAAUUUUGUUUGUUUCUGUUUUGAUAAAGAAGAUGCAAUUGUAUUUUUUUGUUUUUGUUUUGAUGUUUCGCUGUGUUUUUGUGAAGUGAGUAACUAUUUUCGAAGUGAUUUAAAUUCUAAACAGGACGUUUAGUGGUAACGGUAAAUUGAGUUUUGGCAAACAUUGGAGCAUCAUGAAGCUGUUUUGGAAAGUUUUGUGUUUUUUUAUUCUGUUCAUUGAAGCUGUCACCGGUAAUUGGUGGAAUUUGGCGGUACCCCGCGCCCCAGCUCAGGCCGGCAACUCCUCGUUGGAGACCUUCACGACGCUGCAGAAGGAGAGCUGCCACAGGCUGGAGUAUCUCGUUGAACGUCAAAAACAGCUCUGUCUGCUCUCUGAUAGAGUUUUACAGGUGUUGCAGACAGGCGCAGGGCAGGCGGUAGAAGAAUGCCAGCAUCAAUUUCGCCACAGCCGAUGGAAUUGUAGCACCGUUGCUAAUUCUACCGACAUCUUUGGAGGAGUACUUAAAUUUAAAUCCCGUGAAUCAGCGUUUGUACAUGCGUUGUCAUCAGCGGCAUUGGCCCACGCGGUGGCCCGUGCUUGUAGCCGCGGCGAGUUGAAUGAAUGUUCUUGCGAUGCCAGGGUCAGGAAGAGGACGCCCAGGCACUGGCAAUGGGGAGGCUGUUCUGAGGAUAUAAGAUACGGUGAAAUGUUCAGCCGCGACUUCGUCGACGCUAAAGAAGAUAAAGAUACCGACGUCGGUCUCAUGAAUCUCCACAACAAUGAAGCUGGACGAAGGGCGGUGCGUAGCCGCAUGCAGCGCGUGUGCAAGUGCCACGGCAUGUCAGGCUCGUGUUCUGUGCGCGUGUGUUGGCGGCGGCUGCCGCAGCUGCGCGCUGUCGGCGACGCGCUGGCCACGCGAUACGAGGGCGCAUCACAUGUCAAGGUUAUUUCUACAGUGGUAGAGCGAAAGCGCGGUAAGAACGUUCGGAAGCUGAGACCGCUGCACGCGGAUAUGAAGAAACCGAACAAAACUGAUCUGGUCUAUCUUGAGGAAUCUCCUGAUUACUGCGAACCUAACGAUGAACUGGGUAUCUUGGGCACGCGCGGGCGCACGUGCAACAGGACGUCUGCGGGGCUGGACGGCUGCCGGCUGCUGUGCUGCGGCCGCGGCUACCAGACGCGAGUCCGCGACCACGAGGAGAAGUGCCGCUGCCGCUUCGUGUGGUGCUGUCGAGUACAUUGCGAGGUUUGUCGCUACAAACGAGACCAUCACGUCUGCAACUAGAACAUAACACGCGAUGGAUGAUGUUGUCUCACUAGAGUCGUAUACCAGUUCCGUGGUACACCUGAAUCUCGAUAAAUCAAGACUUAUGCGUUAGGAAGCUUUAUUUAAUUUUCUCUACCAAACUUUUAUUAAUCUUGUGUACAUGUACUUGCGUGUUGUGUAAAUUUGAUCAAAUAUUUGAGGCUACGUAGUAUGUCAUAUUCGAACUUUAGAAAAACUCCUAGACGUUUAUGGCUUUAAUUGUUAGUCAGUUUCUUCUUAGAUCUCUCGGAUAUCAAUAUUAUAUGGAUCUUCUGACAUUUUCUAAAAGUCCAUGCCUCUAUCUAAUAUUUAUUGAAGUAAACAAUUCUUACCAUUAUUUGCUUUGGUUGUUUUCUAUGAAUUACCAUCAUAUUAAUAAGUGUUUAAAUCCCAAAAAUGUCAGCUUUAUUAUCUUUGACAACUUAAUUUUGGAGUUUUUAUUGUAAUUAAAAGGAAUACUUGAUGUUUUUAGUAAUUUAGUGGCGAUCGUUACCUCCUUAUCGGCACUUAUCGCAGCAAAUGGACUGAUUAUUUUUAAAUUAUACGAACCAAUUUCUUUUUAAUAUUUUUCUGAUGUUAAGCUUUAAAA